AUGUCUACAGUCCCUACCCUUCAGAAAAUCGAGCAGCCAGAGACGAUCUUGAAGAAGCGUAAGCAGGACAACAAGGCUAGAGAGGAGAAGCUCGCCAAGGCUGCUGAAGCUAAGAAGGCUCAAAAGGCUAAGCGUGCAGUCAUCUUCAAGCGUGCUGAGCAAUACGUUAAGGAGUACAGAGUCAGAGAAGCUGAGGAAGUACGUCUUAAGCGUGUUGCACGUGCAAACGGUGACUUCUACGUUCCACCACAAUCAAAGGUCUACUUUGCCAUUCGUUUACGUGGUGUUUCCAACAUUGCACCAAAGCCACGUAAGAUCAUGCAGCUCUUGCGUCUCUUAAAGAUCAACUCCGGUGUCUUCAUCAAGGUCAACAAGGCUACCGAGCAAAUGCUCAAGAUGGUCGAGCCAUACGUCGCCUACGGUGAGCCAAACUUGAAGUCAAUCCGUGAGCUCGUCUACAAGCGCGGUUACGGUAAGGUAAACAAGCAACGCGUUCCUUUACAAGACAACGCUAUCAUUGAGAAGGAACUCGGCCAAUACGACAUCCUCUCAAUUGAAGAUUGCAUCCACGAAAUUGCAACUGCUGGCCCACACUUCAAGCAAGUUACUAACUUCCUCUGGCCAUUCCACCUCAGCUCUGCCAACGGUGGUUACAGACAACGCAAGCUUCUCCACUUCGUCGAGGGUGGUGAUGUCGGUAACAGAGAGAAGUUCGUCAACGACCUCAUCCGCAAGAUGAACUAA